CUUCUUCUCUCCAACCACCAGUAACAUCUUGGUGCAAUUUGCUUUCUCCCCAGACAAAAUGAUGCUGGAAUCAGUAGUUAAACAUUGUCAAAACAAAUUGUUUACCUUAGUUUGCUUCAAUGUUCUUCUACUUCUGGCCUUAACCAAUGUCGCCGCUGCCGGGGAAGCCGUGAAAUAUCUGCCUGGUUUUGAUGGAGAACUACCUUUCAACCUUGAAACAGGGUAUAUUGGUGUAGGGGAAUCGAAUGCAUCGCAGAUGUUCUACCUUUUUGUGGAGUCACAGAGGAGUCCUUCGUUGGACCCCCUUAUGCUCUGGCUCACGGGAGGCCCUGGUUGCUCUGUUCUCUCCGCAUUCUUUUAUGAGCACGGUCCUGUUGCUUUUGAUUAUGACAACUACAAUGGCAGCUUGCCUUCUCUUCAUCUGAAUUCAAUGGCAUGGACACAGGGCCUAAACAUAAUAUAUUUGGACCAACCGGUUGGCACUGGAUUCUCUUAUUCAUUAACAGAUGAAAAUUAUUAUGUUAAUGACACUAAAUCGGCAGCACAGACCUAUGAGUUCCUAAGGAAGUGGUUGCUUGAGCACCCCCAAUACUUAACAAAUCAACUGUUCAUCGGCGGUGAUUCUUACUCUGGAAUUCCACUUCCAAUUGUAGUUAAAAAUAUAUUUGAUGGUAAUAAAGCUGGACUAGAUCCAUACAUGAAUAUUAAAGGAUACGUCCUAGGGAACCCAAAGACUGAUAAUUAUCUUGAUGAGAAUUCAAAUCUCCCAUUUGCUUAUCGACUGACCCUUAUAUCAGAAGAACUCUAUCGGGAAGCCAAAUUAUAUUGUGGAGGAGAUUAUGUCAAUAUUGAUGCCAACAACACGGCAUGUGUGACAGCUAUAGAUGAAUAUGAAGCGUUGGUUGAACAAAUAAAUCUCAUGAACAUUUUGGAACCCAAUUGCCAAACUGCCACCCCUAAAACAAAUGCAGCAAGGAGAGAACUUGAGGUGGACCCUGAUGUUAUCCGUUUGGCCAAACUUAAUGGUGCAUAUUGGUGUCGGGAAUACAACUAUGUGCUGUCUGGUGUAUGGGCCAAUGAUCCACGUGUCCGAGAUGCUCUUCAUGUUCGAGAGCACACAAAAGGAGUAUGGAACAGGUGCAACUCUAGCAUUGCCUACACAAAGACGGUCAAUAGCUCUGUUCCAUAUCAUCGAUAUCUCAGUGAGCAAAGUCUUCUUGCUAUGGUCUACAGCGGUGAUCACGAUUUCUCUGUAACACACAUUGGAACACAAAACUGGAUUGCUACACUCAAUUUGACCACAUAUGUAGACUGGAGGGCAUGGUUUGUUGAUGGUCAAGUAGCAGGAUACACAGUGGAGUACAUAAAUGGUGACUACACUCUGAUAUACGCUACGGUGAAGGGUGCUGGUCAUGUUGCUCCAGAAUACAAGCCCAAGGAAUGCUAUUCCAUGAUCGACCGGUUCUUCGCUCGUUACCCACUUUAGUGAUGUAACGCAAUUUGAGAAUAAAAAUUUGUUCUCCAUUUUAGCUAGAGGGUGGAAGGGUUUUCGUAGGGUUUAUCAGGAGUUGAAGAGUAGGAAACCAGUUUUUUGUUCCACUGUAAGGGCUGCUCUCUGCUUCACAAAUAAUUGAACGGAGAAAAUUUAUUAUGUGUAAUUCGCAAACUAUUAGCUUUUAUGGUGACCAAUGGUGAUACUGUGAUACAGAAAUAUUAUUUCUUUUAUCAGUACCGAUUGCCAAAAAAAA